AUGGGAGGUGGAAAACAGGACGCAAGUAUCGAUCCUUUAAUCAUGACUGUUAACCAUAAACUUCAUACUUACCCGUUCUGUAUUGUGUGGACGCCGAUUCCAUUGCUAACAUGGAUGUUUCCGUACAUUGGCCACAUGGGGAUAGCUACGAGUAAGGGGAUUAUACGAGAUUUUGCUGGUAGUUAUUACGUUAGCGAUAAUGUAUCAAUUGAAUUUGGAGGCUCAGGCUUUUCAUUUGAAGAAAACAACAUGGGAUUUGGUUGGCCGACGCUUUAUUGGCAGCUGGAUCCCGCUAAUGUUCCUGGAGGUAUUGAAGCAUAUGAUCGCGCCGUCAAAGAAGCUUCUGAUGAAUAUAAAACGCACGCUCAUAAUUUGUUUUGCGACAAUUGCCACUCCCACGUUGCUUUGGCAUUAAACAAAAUGCGGUAUAACGGUCUUGACAAUUACAACAUGGCUAAUUUGACGUAUUCCAUCCUAGUCAAAGGCUCUUUUGUUGGGGGUAGCGUGAUGGUUUAUAUGACGUGUAGUUUAUUUUUAUUAUUAGUUGUUAAAAAUUUUUGGAUCUUCAAAAUGGUUCGACUGACAAUUGAUUUGAUUGAAAAUUCACCUCAGUACGUCAACACUCUUCGAGAUCGAGAGCUUAGUUUAAGGGCAUGCAAAAUUCCAGUGUUGGAAAAUGUCGGUGCAACAAUGGACAAGUUUGAUACUAUUGAUUUUACUGACAACGACAUUAGAAAACUGGAAAACAUUCCUUUACUGAAGCGGCUCAGUUGUUUAUUGCUGCACAAUAAUCGAGUCCAGCAAAUAAUGCCAAACCUUGGCGGGGUCUUACCAUCUUUACGGACAUUAGCCUUAACCAACAAUAACUUAUGUGAGUUAGGGGAUAUUGAUCCGCUCGCCACAUGCAAGAAACUUGAAUACCUCACUUUAAUUGGUAAUCCAGUUACACAUAAACCACAGUAUCGUUCUUAUGUGAUAUAUAGAGUGCCAUCUGUUCGAGUUUUGGAUUUUAAAAGAGUCCGGUUAAGUGAGAGGCAGGAAGCAGCAAAGUUAUUCAAAGGGAAAGAGGGGAGGAAGUUACGAGAACAAGUGGUUAAAACUUCUGCAGCACUUCCAGAUGAUGAGUCAGGUUUUGGGUCAAGAAGAUUACAGGAUGAAGACGCCAGAAAGAUUCAAGCCGCAAUUGAAUCAGCUUCUUCCAUUGCUGAAGUUGAGUACUUACAAAACAUCCUUCAAAGUGGUAGAAUACCUGAAAAAGGUUGGCAGUUUUCUGGCGCUCAGAAGGAACACGAUUCUCAAAGGGAUGGAGACGAAGAGUUUGUUGUGGAGAAUGAAAAUGAGGAAGCUGAAAAUGGCGAAGUGCAAUUUGUUGAAAAUGGUACUGCACCUGUAGUAAAUGGUGAAGACAUUGCUGAGUCAGCGGAGUCAUUAGAGACGGAGAGCGCUCCAAUGGAAGUCUGA